UUUUCUUCUGGCCACCCCAACCCCCCAGCUACUUGUGAGCCAUAGGCAAGAGGAAGAGGUAGCCAGUUCCUGGUUUAAUCAAAACCUUGUUCCUACUUAAGAGGCUGCCAGGGAGGCAGUACAGAGGACUCAGUUCUGGAAAUGAUGGACAGAUAUGGAUGCUUUGGACCCCUGUCCUGAGGUGUCCUGUCUUCCAGGCAUAUUUGAUCCCUGCCUCCCUGUCAGCUGCAACCAUGAAAUAUACCACAGAAUUCAAGAGGUCCCCACCACGCCUCCUGAAGAAGUUCGCAGUGUGUAACAUCCCUCUGUAUAACAUCUGUGACUACAAUGUCACCAGGGACCAGUGCAGGAGGCUCGGGUGCUGUUUCUACAAGGCUGUCUGCUACGAGAAAGUUGUUCCCGUUUAUGUCCAGGUGUUCUUCGCCCUGAUUAUGUUCGUGGCCGGGGCCUUCAUCAUGGCCAUAGUUUACAGUGUUGGACAGGGGAUUAAAAAAAAGCCGAAGCCCUUACCUCCUGAGGAGUUUAAGGAAUCUGUUUAUAUACCGACACCAGAGAGUCCCACUCCAGUCAGCUCUCCAGUCCGCACUCCAGUACCCAGUCCAGUCCGCUCUCUAGUAGGCACUCCAGUACUCACUCCAGUACCUUCCAUCAAGAAGACUGAGAGCCCAGUACAAGUUCCGGUGACGACCUCAAAACCAGAGGAGAAUAAAGAAGUCAGCGGUGGCAGUGCUGUGCCCCAGCCAGCGCCUUGAAUGUGGGUAACAGACAGACCGUCUGGGAGAAGAAAAUAAAGGUAUUUCUUGAG